UCCCUUCACCUUUCUCAGGAACCUGUCUGAUGCUCCUUCCUCAUUUUCAAGGCAAUUUAUCUGUUUGACCUGUCCAGCUUUGUCCAGUUUGUUGCUUUGAAGAAGCCGAGAGUUACAGAUGGCCCACAAUCCAGAAGAUGCUCCCCUGGCCAGAGGGAGUCUGGCAGACAGUGAAGAGAUCCUGAUUGCCCCUGCAGGACCUGGAGGGAGCUCCAACAGCCGUGCUUUGAAAGUGGCAGGCCUGACAACCCUAGCAUGCUUGCUGCUGGCCAGCCAGGUCUUCACCGCCUACAUGGUGUUCAACCAGAAGCAGCAGAUUCACACUCUGCAGAAGAAUUCGGAGAGAAUUGGCAAACAGCUGACCCGCUCAUCCAAGGCUGUGGCUCCUGCUAGGAUGUCGAUGCCCAUGAACAGCCUGCCUCUGCUGAUGGAUUACACUGUGGAUGAGGACUCGAAGACACCCUUGACAAAACUGCAGGACACUGCUAUUGUCAGUGUGGAGCAGCAGCUGAAGGAUCUCUUGCUGGAUUCCCAGCUGCCCCAGUUCAACGAGACCUUCCAGGUCAACAUGCAGAGCCUGAAGCAGCGGAUGAAUGACAGCGAGGAGUGGAAGAGCCUGGAGUCCUGGAUGCGUAACUGGCUCAUCUUCCAGAUGGCCCAACAGAAGCCUGCAGCCCCCACAUCUGAGCCAGUCACUGUGAUCAAGACCAAAUGUCAGACCGAGGCAGCAGCCGGACCCGGCAAGAUCGGUUCCUACAAGCCCCAGUGUGACAAGCAGGGCAACUACUUGCCCAUGCAGUGCUGGUACCCCACUGGCUUCUGCUGGUGUGUGGACCAGUCCGGCACUGUCAUUGAGGGCACCACCAUGCGUGGGCGCCCCGACUGUCAGGGAGGUAGAGCUCCUCGCCGCAUGAUGAUCGCACCCAGGCUGAUGCAGAAGACCAUCGCUGUUGAUGAAAAUUAAAACAAAUGAAGCAAAAUCCGAAGCAAGGUGUUUCUUUUCAUCACGCAAUCUCAAGCAGACAUUUUAAGCUGGAUACAGCCCCACGUACAAUAAUGGUUUUGAAGCCUGAUCACUUUUCCUUACAUGUAAUCUGUUGAUUGUAACUGCUCUGCUGGCUGCUUAAAAUCAAAUUAAUAGAGGCCUGUUACACUGUAUUGCUUUUAGUCUUUGUAAUUUUUGUCUUUUAAUUUUGGGGUGUUCUCAUUGAAAUAAGAUAUUCAUAUAUCCACAGUUUAAAGUAUGUGAGUGUUUGUUUCUGCAGAGUGUUUAAAGGGUUGGUUCACUCAAAUUACAACAAAAAAAAUGUCUCCAUUCACUCCACUAGCAUGGAGGUACUUCUGGUUUUGCUUCUCCUCUAGUUUUGUUUAUGGUGCAUAGAACAUUGAAAAAUGACUUAAAAAACUGUUAGCAGCAACGACUCUCUCAAGAGACAAUGUCUGCGGUUACUCUUAUAAUCCACAGACCUCACAGGGGACAGUUUUCAUGGGCACCAUUUCCAAUAAAAGUAAUUCCAAUAAAAACUGUCCACAGUGUGUUCUGUGAAUUAUUUGGGGUAAUGAGGACACUGUUUCUUGAAAGAGGUGUUGCUGUUUAAAUUUCUAAAUGUUCCUCAGUGUGAGCACCACAAAUAAAAACCUGGCCAAAUAAAACCAAAGCUAUCUGCAUGGUUACAUUCCAUGAGAGUUAAGUGAGUUUACCUUUUUUUUUUUCUUUUUUUUCCUUUAGUAAUUUGGGUGAUUUGAACCUUUAAAGGAUGUGCAAGUUUUCUAUGAAGGUAUUUGUGUUAAGAAGGCUAAAUAAAGUUUUCCUAACAACAUUGUUUGCAUUAUUAUACAUAUAUGUUCAACUGCAGUCAUGUUGUCUUGAGAUGAAAUGUUUGUCAAAGCUAUGGAGUAAACAAGGCCUGAAUAAAAUUUAACCUGAUUAGAUGCAUUGAUGCUGCUCA